AGCUGGCGAGGGGACGACAAUGGCUAGCAGUACAGUCGAGGAAAGCAAAAGAAAAGCAGCUGCCUCUGUUGUCUCUGGUUCGGUGCAUCUUGCGCUGAGCAUCCUGCAUACGUUGUUAUAUGCUUCCCUCUUCACAUUUGCCUACCUGCAGCUGUGGCGCCUGUUCCUUUACCGAGAGCGUCCGCUGAGUUAUCAAAGCUUCUGCCUCUUCCUCUGUCUUUUGUGGGCAGCCCUCAGAACACUCUUCUCCGCCGCCUUCUUCCUCGGCGACUCCUUACCCCUUCUCUGGCCGCUCUCCAAUCUCCAUUUCUUCUCCCGCUGGCUACUCGACUGCUUUCCUUUCUGCCUCCAGUUCUCCACACUCUGUCUCCUCAACCUCUACCUGGAGAGAUAAGGAGGAGGGGAGAAAAAAAAAGGGAGCUGGGACUUGGUGCUGGGAGUCUGGGGGAAAGGGGAGGGAAGAAAGGAGGAUCCCAAAGAUAGCCUCCUUGAACGUGAGAGCAAGAGGUUAAGGACUAGAUUGGCCAUUAACCUGGGUUUUUUCAUGAGGAAUAUACCUAUUUUGUAAAAAAAAUAUGCAGUUAUAUGCAUGGUAAUUUUACAGCAUUGACAAUUACCAAACCUUUUGUUCCAAUUUUCCCCCUCCUUCCCCUCAUCUCCUCCCCGCCAUGGUAGGUUGACCAAUGCAUGUUAAAUAUGUUAAAAUAUAAAUUAAAUACAAUAUAA